ACGUUAGCAACUAACCUCGAACCGUUUGUCUUUAUUUUUCAACUUAACCCGAUAUUAAUAAUAAUGCUACUGAGACAGAUGAGACAGAAGUCCGCUUUAUGCGGUACCGCUUUGAGACUGCCAAACUGUCUUCCUGGGGCGAACCAUCAGAAGGGAAACCUUGUCUCCGUUCAUAAUGCCCGUCUUUAUGCCAGCCAAGCAGCAGAGGCGGUGUUGGAUAAGCAAGUGGUCGGAACAGACUCUAGCUCUAAGGCAGAUAAGGUGGACAAGGACGCCAUGGUGGAGUCCAAGUCUUUUGCAGUGAACAUGUUCAAGGGCCAGAUCAGCACGGCUCAGGUGUUUCCGUAUCCUUCAGUGCUGAAUGAGGAGCAGACCCAGUUUCUCCAGGAGCUUGUGGGACCCUGUUCUAAGUUUUUUGAGGAGGUUAAUGACCCAGCCAAGAAUGAUGCUCUGGAGAAGGUGGAGGACCACACAAUGCAGGGCCUGAAAGAAAUGGGGGCCUUUGGCCUACAGGUGCCCGCUGACCUGGGUGGCGUUGGCCUCACCAACACACAGUAUGCCAGGCUGGUGGAGAUUGUGGGUAUGCACGAUCUGGGCGUUGGCAUUACCCUUGGUGCCCACCAGUCCAUCGGCUUUAAGGGCAUCCUCCUGUUCGGCACCCCUGCUCAGAAGGAGAAAUACCUUCCCAAGCUGGCCACAGGUGAGGAUAUAGCUGCGUUUUGCCUGACUGAGCCUGCCAGUGGCUCAGAUGCGGCAUCCAUUAAGACCACAGCGGUCCGCUCCGCUUGUGGGAAGUACUUUACCCUGAACGGAGGGAAGAUCUGGAUCAGCAACGGAGGCCUGGCAGAAAUAUUCACGGUUUUCGCCAAGACUCCAGUCAAAGACGAGAAAACAGGAGAGAUGAAGGACAAGAUCACAGCCUUCGUUGUGGAGCGGAGCUUUGGAGGCAUAACACAUGGCCCACCUGAGAAGAAGAUGGGCAUCAAAGCGUCCAACACGGCCGAGGUCUACUUCGAGAAUGUACGCGUGCCAGCCGAGUGUGUCCUGGGCGAAGUGGGCGGCGGAUUCAAGGUGGCCAUGAACAUCCUGAACAACGGGCGCUUCGGAAUGGCGGCGGCCCUCUCGGGCACCAUGAAGGGCGUCAUGGCCAAAGCUGUGGACCAUGCUGCCAACCGCACGCAGUUCGGCAACAAGAUUCACAAUUACGGCACUAUCCAGGAGAAGGUGGCACGCAUGGCCAUGCUGCAAUACGUGACUGAGUCUAUGGCCUACAUGGUCAGUGGUAACAUGGACAGUGGUGCAGCCGACUUUCAGAUUGAGGCAGCCAUCAGUAAGAUCUUUGCCUCCGAGGCUGCUUGGACUGUGACUGAUGAGUGUAUUCAGAUCAUGGGAGGAAUGGGCUUCAUGAAGGAUGCGGGUGUGGAACGAGUCAUGAGGGACCUGAGAAUUUUCCGGAUCUUCGAGGGUACUAAUGACAUCCUGCGGCUCUUUGUGGCUCUCAACGGUUUCCAGAAUGCCGGUAACCAGCUGAAGAGUUUGCAGAAAGCGCUGAAGAACCCCUUUGGAAAUCUUGGCGUGCUGACGGGCGAAGUCUCCAAGAGGGCAAAGCGGAAGGCAGGGCUGGGAACAGGGCUGACUCUCCAGGGAACCGUCCACCCCGACUUGGCUCACAGCGGAGACUUGACCGUAAAAGCCAUUGAGCAGUUUGGCACUGUUGUUGAGGAGCUGCUUCUCAAACAUGGCAAGAGGAUCAUUGAUGAGCAGUUUGUGUUGAAGAGAGUGGCGGACUGUGCCAUUGACCUGUAUGCCAUGGUGGUCGUCUUGUCAAGGGCUUCCCGCUCCCUGGAGCAGGGGCACCCGUCUGCCCAGCACGAGAAGAUGCUCUGCGAGACCUGGUGCACGGAGGCUCACGAUCGCAUCAUACACGACAUCCGCUUCCUGCAGUCGGGCACCUCCAAGCAGAUCUUUAAGAACUUGCGGGCCAUCUCCAAGGCCGUGGUGGAAACUGGAGGGGUGGUCAGCCCUCACCCCCUGGGUUUCUAAGGCACCAUCCACCCCCUCUCUCUCCACCCCCUCCACCUCCUCCUCUCCCUCCACCUUCCUCCCUUCAUCCACUUCAUCAUCCACUCACGCAGUGUCUACCAUGUUCUUGUUCCAUCUUCGUGUUCUUUCCCACAUUCAUCUCAUUCAUGCCAUAGCGUAAUAUACAUGCCUACUGUGCAUUACCAUAUAAGUGCAUUACUGUUUUAUGUCCUCAUGGAGGAAAAAGAAGAGAUUGGUGCUGGUACACAAUGUGCUGAACAUAUACUGGCUGAGCUCAUUUGGGGCAGUUACAUUGCCCAAUGUUUUGAAGAGGAACUAGGUUGUCAUAGUGCUAUUUCAAGUGAAAAGUGCAGCGAAUUUGAGUCUCUUGUUAAAAAUAACAUUCGAUAACACCCUAGAGUGCCUUGUUCCUCAGUUGAGCACCAAAAUGUGUUAUCUGACUGACAAGCUAAAUAAUGGUCACUGUGUUUUGGAGGGUUUUGUAAAGCAAGCGUUAAGUACUUCCUAUUGAAAUGCCCCAAAAGUGACACGACAAAGCACUUGAAAUGAUUGAAUAAGAAAAUAACAGUAAGACUGUUGUAAUAGGUUCAAAUUCACUUAAUCAGAAACUAAAAGGGGAGACCGUUGGAUUUUAUCAUAAUAGCUUGAUAGGCAGAGAUGAUGCACGUUAAAAGGCCAGCGAUGGGUUUUUUUGCACAGUGUAAGAGGCAAGUGUUUCUAAUGACUGCUCAGCAGGGAUCGCAUACCUUUACCAAAUCCAGCUCCUUCCCAUGCCCAUGUCUGAGUUUGAGUUUCUUAUAAUCAAUCAUGCCGUUCGCUACAGUUCCUCAUCAGGGGACACUAUUAUGUUCUUUAAUGUUGUUUGGUACGUUUGGUUGCGUUUAAAUGUUGUUUGAAAUAGGUUUUUGCUAUGUGUAAUGGUCAACUUAUAUCAGGUUUGCAUGCACAGUCAAGGUUCUAAUGUGCUUGCAGAAACUUUUCACUUCAGGAAUACAACUCUGCCAUGCUGGUAGAAUAGUCUGAGGACUCUGGUGAAAAAAGGCCUAAUUUUUACAAGCUGAAAAACUGUGCUAAAACAGAUUUAUUUAUUUAUUUUGAUUUAGCAUUGAUUCAUAAAUAGUGAUUCAAUAAAGUGUAAAAUUCUGAGGAUUGUAUAGGUAUACAGCCAUGUAAAAGGUAGGCAAAGAGCCCACAGGCUAAUUCAUUUAGCACUCACUGUAUCCUAUUAUUUUGUGUGUCGUAUUUAAUGUGCUACUGUAUGCGUCUAAAAUUUUAAUUUAUUAUACAUUAUAUAACUUCUACAACUUUGCAUCACUUCUCAAUGAAAGUGUGACUAUCUCUGUUUAAAUAGCAUAAAAAGUCCCUUAAGUGUUUACUUAUUCAACGGCUGUGUAAACAUACUCCCAGAUGUUAAACACUAAGUGUGCAAUUGGUUAUGACCUGCAACAGUUAAAGGUGGGAAUUCUUACUGAGUGCUGUACCAUUAUCUCUACGCCAUAAAUAUUUUGGCCUUGUUUGGUUGUAAAGAAAUAGAAAUGACUGAAAUAUAUGAAAGAAGAUUA